AUGCCCUAUGUCAACAAUGUGCCUCAUUUGGGUAAUAUCAUAGGAUUGGUGCUGUCGGCAGACGGAACUGACGACUAUGGCACAACUACUGAGGCGAAAGCUCUUAUGGAAAUAUGUACACCUCGCGAACUGUGCGACAAAUAUCAUGCCCUCCAUGCCGAGAAGAGACAAGGGCACAACUUUAUUGAGAAGAGCACCAGUCCUUCCUGGCAAAUCGCUUUGUUGAAGGGGAAUGUCCUCUACGUGGUUAUCCCGACGCUCGUGGUGAUCAAUGUGAUGGUUGUGGCGCGCUUCUCGGAACCCUACAACUGA